AUGGAUAUAAAAAUGGAUAUAAAAAUGGAUAUAAAAAUGGAUAUAAAUAAUAGUGAGAGUAUAGAAAAACAAAUCGAAAAAGUAAGUCAAGAGAUAUCAUUAUUAAUAGAAAGAAAUGAAUCAAUCAAAAUUAUAAAUGAUGAUCCUGAUUUAAAAAAAGAAUAUGAAAGUAAUCAAAAAUUGUUAGAAGAAAAAAAAAAAACUUUAAACAAAUUAUGUGCCAUAAUAAGCCAACCAUUAAACCUUGUUGAAAAUAGACCACACUUAGAAAGUUUAAUAAAAAGAAGACUGUUUUAUACAAAUUCUUUUGAAAUAUAUGGAGGUGUUUCAGGAUUGAUUGAUUAUGGACCUUCAGGAUGUUUAUUAAAAUAUGAAUUAGAAAAAUUAUGGAGACAUCAUUUUGUUUUUUAUGAUGAAAUGCUAGAAAUAAAAGGAACUUGUAUAACUCCAUAUUCUGUUUUAAAAACAUCUGGACAUGUUGAUAGGUUUACUGAUCUAAUGAUUAAAGAUGUUGUAACAAAAGAUUGUUAUAGAGCUGAUAAAUAUCUAGCUGAAUGGUUAAAAAAUAAGUUAGAUGAAAUAAAGGGACAAAAAAAUGAUGGAAAUGAAAAACGAGAAAAAAGUUUCGAUAAAUGUGAAAAUGCAAAUACCAAUGAUACACAAACAAUACAAGAAAUCGAAUCUGUAUUGAGAAAAUUAGAUGGAAUGAAUGAAACUGAAAUAAAAAAUAUAAUUAACAAGUAUAAUAUUAAAUCUCCUGAAAAAAAUGAUUUAUCUGAUCCUUUUCCCUUCAAUUUGAUGUUCCAAACAAAAAUAGGUCCAAAAGAAAGUAAUGAAAAUGAUAUGAUUGAAAAUGAUGGAAAAAAAGUGAAUAAUAAAAAAGCUUCAAAUGAUAUGACUAAAAGUAAUGUAGCUUAUUUACGACCUGAAACUGCUCAAGGUAUUUUUGUAAAUUUUAAAAAAUUACUUGAAUAUAAUGGUGGUAAAAUGCCAUUUGCUGGGGCACAAAUAGGUUUAGGAUUUCGAAACGAAAUAUCACCGAGAAAUGGUCUACUUAGAGUACGUGAAUUUGAAAUGGGAGAAAUAGAAUAUUUUUUUAAUCCUGAAAAAAGUAAUCAUGAAAAAUAUGAUUUAUAUAAACAUUUAAUUUUGCCAUUAUAUCCUAGAGAAAAUCAAUUAAAAGAUGAUGGAAAAGUUAUAACUAAUAUGACUUUAGAAGAAGCAGUAAAAAAAGGAAUAAUUUGUAAUGAAGCUUUAGCAUAUUUUUUAGCAAGAACAUAUUUAUUUUUAUUAAAGUGUGGUAUAAAGAAAGAUGGAAUUAGAUAUAGACAACAUUUAGACAAAGAAAUGGCACAUUAUGCUAAUGAUUGUUGGGAUGCAGAAAUAUUAACAUCCUAUGGAUAUAUUGAAUGUGUAGGACAUGCUGAUAGAUCGGCUUAUGAUUUAAAACAUCAUAUGAAUUCUACUGGGGCAAAUAUGUAUGGUUGUCAAAAAUACGAUAAACCUAUCGAUGUUGAAUUUGUAAAAAUUGUCCCUAAUAAAGCAAAAAUUGGUAUGAAAUUUAAAAGUGAUCAAAACAAAAUUUAUAAAAUACUAAAUGAAAAAACUAAUGAAGAUUUAUUAAAUAUCGAACAAGAAUUAAAUAAAAAUCAAAAAUAUAUUUUAAAAGAUUCUUCAAAUAAUUCAGAUGGAACUACCCAAACUUUUGAACUAACAAGAGAUAUGAUUUCCUUUCAAAAAUAUAAUAAAAAAGUACAAGAAACAAAUUUUAUCCCUAAUGUUAUAGAACCUUCAUUUGGUAUUGGAAGAAUUAUAUUUUGUAUUUUAGAACAUUCAUUUAGGAUUAGGCAAUUUACAGAUGAUAAAGAAGAAAGACAUUAUUUAUCAUUACCUUAUGCAGUUUCGCCAAUCAAAUGCUCAGUAUUAUCUAUAUCAAAUAAUAAAGAGUUUUAUCCUUAUAUUAAACAAAUACAAACAAUUUUAAAUGAAAAUAAUAUAUCAUGUAAAUUAGAUAAUUCUAGUGUUUCAAUCGGGAAAAAAUAUGCUAGAACUGAUGAAAUAGGUAUACCAUUUGCUGUAACUAUUGAUUUUCAAACAUUAAAAGAUAAAACAGUUACACUUAGAGAUAGAGACUCUAUGUUACAAAUUAGAGUAAAUAUAUUGGAAGUCUCAUCUAUUCUAAAUUCAUUACUAUCACAUAAGUCCUCAUGGUUUGAUCAUGUUCAAAAAUAUGGUCUAUUCGUUCAGCAAAAUUUGGAAAAUUGA